GAAGCCGACAGCCCCAUAUCAAAAACAAGCAGCUAAGUUGCGUCGGCUAGCUCCCCCGUGUUACAGCAGACAGUUGGCCCGCAGCCGGCGGAUCGUCACCUCAACUUUUGGGAAGCAACUUUUAGAACAACACGGAUUGUUGACCGCAGUUUGACGGACUAGCUUCCACCCUAAAAAAGCCCUCCUUUUAAAACCCUGAAGUCAUGGCGUGUGGAGCCACCCUGAAGAGGACCAUGGAUUUCGAUCCUCUGAUGAGUCCGACGUCGCCUAAAAGACGAAGAUGUAUCCCCGUGUCGCAGUCAUCCUCGUCCUCAUCCCCUAGGAAGUAUCUUAGCAUGGAGCCCUCGCCAUUUGGGGAGUCGUCGUCAAGGCUUAGUGCAGAACAAAUCCUCAACAGCAUCAAGCAGGAGUACAAACGCAUUCAGAAGAGGAAGCAUCUAGAUGCAAGCUACCAACAUUCAGAGUGCUGCUAUUCUCCAGAGUCCCCAUCGUCUACUAUGAAUGUGUCCAGCAUGCCAGGGACGUCUUCUGGAGGCGUUUCCCCUACUAGAAAAGAACAGCCAUUAUUCACCCUCAGACAAGUUGGAAUGAUCUGUGAACGCCUGCUGAAAGAAAAGGAAGAGAAGGUGCGGGAGGAGUAUGAGGAGACCAUGACUUCAAAACUGGCAGAACAAUAUGACACCUUUGUGAAGUUCACACAUGAUCAGUUGAUGCGACGAUUCGGGGAGCAACCUGCAAGCUAUGUUUCCUGAGUGUGGCCCAGAAAUCUUUUGCAAGAUGUCCUUCUCUUGCUGCAAGCUAUCAUGUGAUGUCUCAAGAAAGAAGAAAAAAAAAAAGCUCAUCAUUGUAAGAGAUUCAGUUUAGCUAGUUUAAAUGAAACUUUUCUUACUGUGCCAUAUUUCUGUCUUUGGGCAAAGGUUUAUAUGAAGCUGUUGUCAGUUGUUACCACUCUGUUAGCAACUAGGUGCUUCCUUAUGUAAAUGAAUGGACCCUAUCUCUACCAGUGGCCUAUGUUCCUCCUGCUGUACGUGUAUCUACAGUUAUCUCACUUUUGUAAUGAUUCCCAGCAUUCCAGGCUUUGUCACUUGUUUUUUGUUUGUUACAUGUAAAUAUGAUAAAGCAGUGCAAGAGUUUUACUUACGGUUUGCUGGUCAAUCUGAGAGGAAGGGGAAGAAACAGCAGAACAGAGUGAAUGUGUUUGCAGUUUGUCCUCUGUUCAUUGCUUUUUAAAUUGAGCAUAAAGUGAUUAGAUUUUUUUUUUUGUUCUCCCUACCAGUGUUUAUUUAUUUUGACUUGUUUCGCUGGUAUCACUUUGAAACCAAUGUACUUAUGGGGAAAAUAUAAAAUCUUAAGAGUUGAAUUGUUUUGAUGCAUGUUAAGACAUUUCUAUGGUACUGAUGUUUUGAUUAACUGAUCUUUUCUUUUGUAAGAAUAUUGGUUCAAUUUCACCAACAAUUGUCUGUCAAGUAACAUACUAUGCAUCCGUAUUUGAGCUGUGCCUUCAGUAUAGGAAAGUUUGCUCAGCCUUUAAGACUCACUGCUGGUACUAUAAACAUCUUGUGGAAACCGAAAUGAUCUCUGUACUAUAUCAUUAGAUGUUUUGCUUAAUACACAGCUAUGAGUAAAAAAUAAACAUGGCACCAUGAUUAUCAGUCA